GCCUAACUCUGAACAUCAUAAAUAAUGAAUUCUUCAGAUACUGAGGGUUAGCAAAAGUGAAGUCUGAUAUUCUGGAAACAGACUUGAACAUUAGGGAUAAACUUACUUUGAAAAAGCAAGCAGCAGAUGAUGACAUUUAUAAAGCAGUUCGAAUAAAUCAAGGCAACGACCUUCGUGAAGAUGUGAAAAGGAGUGAAGGAAUGCAAGGUGAAAAUGUAGUUCACUGUUUAGCAACUGGCUUUGGAAACACAUAUAUUUCCACCUUCACUGAAAUCCAGUUUGAGUUUCGUGGACACUGCUCGUAUGUUCUACUCAGGGAUAAUAGUGACCCUCAAGGCUUCAGUAUUUUGUUGGACCAAAAAAAGGAUUGUCUCAAAGGGAAAUGUACGCGGAAGAUCAUAUUCAGCAAAGGCAAUAUUCCGGUUCUAGAACUACUCACCAUUGCAGACUUCCUUCAACAAUACGGGAUGUCUUUGCCAAUGAUCUACAAUGGAAUGUACAUCUAUGGCACUCAGCAAGAAUUGUUUAUCAAAAUAAACAAGGGAUUAACGGUCCUCUGGAAUGGGAAAGGAACAAUUACUGUUUCCAUGAAGAAGCCAAUUGAUGUCACUGGACUUUGUAGUCAUUCUGGUGAAGUUAUAGGCCAUACAGUUGCAGCAAUGUGGGAGUUAAAAGACAUUGGGAUGCCCUGCAGUACCACACCUGCAGAGGAUUAUCAGAAUUGUCAGCUUGCAAAGGAUUGCAUAGACAAGGGGAGACAUCACAGCUGUUCUUUGCAAACAUUGAACAUUCUCCAACGAGCCUGCAGGAAUGAUGUUUGCUGUUUGGAGUGCCCAUGCUAUUUGAAUGGAUCGGUGUACAGACCGGGUGACAAGAUACCAUCACUUUUACCAACGAAACACCAAGAAUGGGAUGUCAAAUAUAACUUCACAGGCUCGCAGAACUCUUAUGGUGCAGAAGAUCAGGAUCAUGAAUUUGUGAAAGGAAAUUUACAAGAAGAUUUCAGGAAUUGCACAUUUGAACUGUUCUCCCUGGAGAGAAGUCUAAGAGAAGAUCUGAUAGAAGUUCUCAAACUCAUGAGUGUUUGGAUUGAGUAG